GUUGAAUGCCAGUGUAGCCACAUUCGGUAUGCACUGGGUUGGUUCAGCACCCACUACAUCUCACCCGGUGGACGCAUCACGGAUGAAGUGUCAGCUCGCAUACAGAAGGCUCGGUUGGCAUUUGCUAACUUGAGACAUCUGUGGCGCCGUCGCGACAUCCGGCUGUCUGUGAAGGAUCGAGUGUAUGCUGCGACAGUUCGGCCAGUUCUGCUAUACGGUGGCACAGAUAGACUAUCGGUCAUUGCACGAAUCUGGUGGGGUAGCCGGAUGAGCAAUGCUGAGGUUAGGGGCAGAGUUUUGGGUAAAUACGGUCGCCCACUGGAGCAAUUGAUCGACCUCCAUAGAUUACGUUGGCUGGGACAUGUGCUACGCAUGUCACCAGGUAGGUUACCACGGCGAGCGAUGUUCGCCGAAGAAGAUACAGAGUGGAAAAAAGCCAAGGGUGGUCAAGCUAAGACCUGGCACGAGGGUAUGAAAACCCUAACCAGGAAACUGGGUCACAUAGGUCCCGUUAGGCUCCCUGGCUGGGGACCUCGGGAUGAUCGUAACCGAUGGUUAGAAACACUGAGCGAUAUGGCUGGGUGUCGUAAACAGUGGCGUUCGUGCAUCUCCUCAAUUUCUUCCCAACCUUAG